AUGACCCAGAGACACCCUGUUAGGCUUCUGUUUGUUAUUAGUUUGGCCUUUCACAUCAUCUCCUUGGGAGACAACAAGGUGCCCCCAUGGCUGUACUGCUGCAGGAAUGGCGGCACCAGUGUGCUGGACAGGUUCUGCAUAUGCCCUGCCCACUUCACCAGCCCAUAUUUUGAACAGAACCAGUGGCAGAGUGAAUGCAGCACACUCAUUCUUGGUGCCUGGACCUUCCACUGCUGCCGCCUUUGCAGGUGUGUCUUUGAAGCCCUACAUUGUCUUCUCCAGAAGAUACCUGCAGUUAAGCUGUAA